AUGACUAGUGACACAAUGUGUGCCUUGUGUUUUGAAUUUACAUAAAUUUUCUGUAGAAUAAUUGUUCUUAUAAUCUUUAAGCAGCUCACAAAAGACAAUAUACACGUUAUUUUUUCUUGGAUUUGUAAAUAUUACUUUACUUUCCUAAUUUAAAAAAACAACAACUCUCCCCUAGACAAACAUUUAAAGAUAAUUUUGAUGUUCACCCUUUGUUGGCAUAAAUGAAGCAUUUUGCAAUUAAACUCUUCAGUUUAUCAGUGCUACUGAUCAAACAUGUUUGUAUGUAAGGACCUUGAGAACUAACUCCAUGCCCCAUGUUAGAAAUGGGUAAAUAUAUUCUGCAUGAGGCCACUGUCUGCCCAGCUGUAUCUCUCUGCUUUCAGGGCCCGGGAUGCCCAAGGAACCAAGAGGAUAUGCCCAAGGGUGUGUAGGGGAGAGGGAACGCACCUCCCGUCCAGCAAGUAAAAAUGCUAAAGACAGAAGCAACACGGCCGCCCUUUUGGCCUCUAGAGCAAGAGCACACACUGAACAGGAACCAAAUGGACGUGACUCACGCUGCUCUGAGAAAGACUCUGGUUACUCUGACACUGGCUCAGACUCCUUGCAGACUGAUGCAGAUGACCAGCAGAGCAGUGUGAAUGAGCCUCAGGUCCGCAAGGGUUUGGGUGGGGUGGAGCAGGGUCCCCUGCAGGGAAGCCACAUACUGGUGUCCGGGACGCCUGAACUCACCCCAAUAUUCACCAUUAAGAAUGUGGUGUUGAAGCAGCCUGGGCAGUCUGGUCAGGACCACAUCCUUCCUUCAUCUCUGUCAUGGGAUAGAGGUGCUACAAGCAGUCAGGGUCCCACCCACGUCCUCUUGCUGCAACAGCCUGGAAUCAAUCAAAGCGCCCCAUUGCACAUCCUCCAACCCCAGCCACAGAGAUCCAAAAGCAAGGGUGUAAAGAAGAGCAAAAACACUUACCUCCCCAUCCUAAACUCCUACCCUCGAAUCGCACCUCACCCAAGUAAGAAAACCCCAGAGAAACCAACGGCCAGUAGAGGAAGUAACACAGAGGAGCACAGCCUGAGUAAGAGAGUAUGCACAGAGGAGAAGAGAGACGAGGUGUCCACAACCACGCAAGCGGCCAAGCAGCAUCUGCACAAACAGCCAGAGAACAACUUGCUGUUGCAAUCUCAUUCCCUCUCACGUUCUCUGUCUGCAGGCCGUGAGACACUUUCUGGCUCUCACCAGCACCAGAGCCCAUGCCGCCCAUCUAGUCCCUCUGCCUCCCUCAACGUGAGCUCUCCAUCCAUCUCAAGCACUCAGAUGCUUUCCCCACCCUCUUCCAACGACCUCAUCCAGGGCAGAAAAGAGCCCCAUAAGCAUUGCCCAGAACUGAAUAGUGGCUCUGGCAAAGGGUCAAACAACCUCAAAGGGACAGCACGGCAUCGUCGCUUCCUCAACACAGUGGAGAUUCUGAGUCAGCUGGGACUACUGGACAUCACCUUAAGGACGCAGGAUCUGCUGCGGCAAAAUGCGGCCACCGAACAAGACAUAGCCCAGCUCCGCCAACAUGCCCAUCUGCUUUUCCAGGCCGCCCAAGCAGGUGCUGAUGCUCCGGCUGCCUGGGAGAAGCUCCAACAGGUCAUGGCUGAGUCUGGGCACUAUCCCAGCCUCAAGUGCCUACCUACAGACAGCAGCAAUGGAGGGUCUCAAUCAAAAGUAGGAGUCGAGGCAGCCACCAGCACCAAACCUGAUACUCCUGUGGUGUACAGAUAUGGACUUAAUGGCACUGAAGAGGUGGCGCCCCCAUCUCCUCUUCUAGCUCCAAAUCCAGAUGCAGAAUGGCAGUCAACAGGUCAAUACGAUUCUGUCAGUGAUAACACCACCACUUCUGAGCAAAUCAGAGCCCAUAGAGGAACCGUGAGUCCACCAGAUGAUCCCAUAAUGCCUCCAGACAGCUCUACACAUGGAAACCUGCUUUAGACUGCACCCAGAAACCUGCUGAGCACUGGGCCUUUACAGCAGAGAAACAGCAAGGGAGACUUCAAGACACUUUCUCGAACAUCUCAAACAUGAUUUCAGAGAUGUUAUCAUUUCCCCAAUAUUCUCCACGGUAGCUCAAGGACAGCAUCUUGACUGCGCAGCGUGCCAUCUUCCUUUCUGUCACAUUUCUAGUCAUCUGUAUCAGCAAUCACCCAAAGUGUCUGAUGAGAGCUAUACGGAAUUUAACGCACAUGCUACAGACUGCCACUCAUCUAUCUGCAUCAGCUAUCCUGCCCCAUAAUGGAAUCAAGAAGCAACUUCAGGUUGUCAGUUGCCAUUUGCAAAUGUUUUUGAUAGCAACACUUCAUGCAUAGUCGAUCACAGAGUAAUCAAAAAUGACAGCCUGUUUCCUACUUUGUUGAUUUAUAUUAGAGACUAGUUGAAUAAUUUGCAAUUGUUGUCACAGUUUGUAGCAUGUAGCGUUUCUGAAGAACAUGACUGGGAAUGGUAUUUUGCAAAAAUGUGGUAAUAAUUAGUCAUGAGUUCCCCUCUGUGAGGCCUUGUCGCUUAAAGAAAAGAAGGAUGGUGCAUGAAGGUCCCGAAAAGUCCACACAUGCAAAGACACUAAGAACGGUGUAAGAAUUAUUCCCACGGUGAUCUUGCUAAAGUCCACGGAGCUUUUGUUCUUCUAUGCAGUGCGCACUUCAUUAAUCUCAUUGCAUUGAUCUGCUUGCUUUACGUCUUCUUCUUUUACCAUGGACCAAGACACCCAUCACUCAAGCCUUUUGAAUUGGGCUCGCGGAGAUGAAGGGUCAAAUUUGAGUGUUUAUAUGAGCUGUAUUUCCCAUUCAUUUGAUCACAGAUCAUGACGUCUUUGUGAGCUUUGUUGAGUUAAUAGUGUUUUGUGCUUUCUUUACAUUUCUUCCCCAAUUCUCUACUAAAGCACCAAAUGUUUUGGCACAUUUAUGAUACUCUUGACAUGACACUAAUGUAUUAUUUGUUGUUGUAUAUUUCCUUUUAUUUACUUACUGAGUAUUUUUGAGUAACAGAGGUUGUAUAUGAAUUGGUUUGUCUAAAGAAGCCGUCAGGCCCACACAGAGAUUUUACAGAAUUCUGCUGUCACUCACAAAAUUGUGCACAUCAUCAUUGCAUAUUAAUUUAUGAAAUAUUUUGGCUAAUUUGAUUAGGAUUUCAGAGCUUAGUACUUUAUAUGUUAACAUGUUUUAUGUUACAGUAGAGCAGAUUUUUAGAUAUUUUCCCUAAAAUAAAUACAGAAAAUGAGAAAAGGUCUGCAAAUUCCACUUGGGCAAGAUUGUUUAAUAACCUUAGAGUUCUUCUUUGUGUUUGAAAUGAAUGGCAUGCUAUGACAUGAUCGAUAUCUGUCCAUGUAGCAGCACAAGAAGUACAGUAUGUGAUGCAAUUCUAAUGCAUUUUAAGAAUGUUUGUGUACUGUAAGCUAUAUUAUGACAUAAGUGAUAUCAAACAGAAGAUGAACGUGUGUGUGUGUGUAAGUGUAUGAUACUUUCAGUGUUUCCACGCAGAAUGUUUGCUGAAGACAGAAUCACCGCAAACGUUACACUAUUACACUACAUGCAGAUGCAAAUAAAAAGCUUAAUUAAAAGGCCUUUGGUUUGUUUGUGCAUACAUUUAAUGGCACAUUUGUUGACAAUGAAUACACUUGGUC